GCUGAGUCACGGACCCGGGGGACCGUCACUCUCAGAACGCGGAAGGAAGAGUGGACAUCGCAGCCAUGCUUGCGGUGAUGCGCUCCCUGGCGGAGGCCCUCUGGACGGUGCUCUGUCCCCUCACCCUCCUGCUGGGUGCCGUCCUGUUUCUCUUCUUCGCUGAUCUCCUCAAAAGGCGGCGCCCAAAGAACUACCCGCCUGGGCCCCCGCAGCUGCCCUUCCUGGGCAAUUUAUUCCACCUGGACUUUGAGAAGGGGCACCUGUCGCUUCAGCGGUUUGUGAAGAAAUAUGGGAACGUUUUUAGCCUAGACUUCGGUGUCAUGUCUUCAGUUGUUAUAACUGGAUUGCCCUUAAUCAAAGAAGCCCUUGUCCACCAGGGCCAAAACGUUGUGAACCGCCCUGUAAUCCCUAUCCAAGAUCGUGUCUUUAAGAACAAAGGAUUGGUCAUGUCCAAUGGCCAGGUAUGGAAGGAACAAAGAAGGUUUGCCCUGAUGACACUGAGGAACUUUGGUUUAGGAAAGAAGAACUUAGAGGAACGCAUUCAGGAAGAGGCCCGCUACCUCACCCAGGCAAUAGGAGAGGAGGACGGACAGCCUUUUGACCCUCACUUCAAAAUCAACAAUGCAGUUUCCAAUAUUAUUUGCUCUAUCACAUUUGGGGAGCGCUUUGACUACCAGGAUGAGCAGUUCCAAGAGCUGCUGAGGCUGUUGGAUGAGGUCAUAUGUCUGCAGACAUCAGUGUGGUGCCAGCUCUAUAAUAUCUUUCCACGAAUAAUGAACUUCCUCCCUGGACCCCACCAAAGGAUCUUUAGUAACUGGGAGAAACUGAAAAUGUUCAUUACCCAUGUGAUUGAAAACCACAAGAGAGGCUGGAAUCCUGCCGAAGCAAGAGACUUCAUUGAUGCUUACCUCCAGGAAAUAGAGAAGCAUAAGGGCAAUGCCUCCUCAACUUUCCAUGAAGAAAACCUCAUCGCCAGCACCCUGGACCUCUUCUCCGCUGGAACAGAGACAACUUCAACGACGCUGCGCUGGGGUCUGCUCUACAUGGCCCUGCACCCAGAAAUCCAAGAAAAAGUCCAGGCUGAGAUCGACAGGGUGCUUGGCCAAUGGCAGCAGCCGAGCACAGCAGCUCGAGAGUCCAUGCCCUACACCAACGCUGUCGUCCACGAGGUGCAGAGAAUGGGAGACAUCAUCCCACUGAACUUGCCCAGAGAGGUGACAGUGGACACCACGCUGGCUGGAUACCACCUGCCCAAGGGAACCCUAGUCAUGACCAACCUGACUGCACUGCACAGGGACCCCACAGCGUGGGCCACCCCAGACACAUUCAAUCCGGAGCACUUCCUGGAGAAUGGACAGUUUAAGAAAAGGGAAGACUUUCUGCCUUUCUCAGCAGGAAAGCGGGUGUGCCUUGGAGAGCAGUUGGCCAGGUCCGAGUUGUUCAUUUUCUUUACUUCCCUUGUGCAAAAAUUCACCUUCAGGCCUCCAGACAAUGAGAAGCUGAGCCUCAAGUUCAGAAUGGGCCUGACCAUCUCCCCAGUCCCCUACCGCAUCUGUGCCGUUCCCCGGAAGUGAGGUUGUCCGGGAGGCGGGGGGAGGGAAAGCCGGAAGAAUCCCCAGGUCCCCCCAAGGCCCUGGCGCCUGCUAAGUGAGGGAGCAGAAUGACCUGCCUCUGAGGACGGUCCUAGGACUUAGACUCAGAGGAAACUG